AUGGAGGUUAAUAAAAAGUUCUACAUGCAUGAAAGUAAAGAUCUUGUAAGCUCAACGAUAUAUCAUCUGUUGGUAGGAAGUUUCAUUUGCCUUACUUUAACAAGACCCAAUAUCUCAUAUUCCGUCGGAGUUGUGAAUCAUUACAUGCAGAAUCCGAAGAAGCCUCAUUUUGAAGUAGUUCGAAAAAUUUUAACACAUCUAAAAGGAACAAAUGAAUGUGGCUUUUUAUAUAAGAAAGGAGACGACUGCAAGUUAGAAGGCUUUUACGAUGGUGAUUAUGCUGAAGAUCAUGAUACACGGCGAUCAACUACUAGUUACGUGUUCAAACUUGGUAGUGGAGCAGUUUCUUGGUGUGGCAAAAGACAACCAAAAGUCACAUUAUCUACCACAGAAGCAGAGUAA